AUGGUGGUAAAAACAGUUAACAUGAGAUCCACUCUAAUUUUUCAGUGUUUGCUACAGUAUUGUUAAAUAUAGAUACAAUCGUGUACAGCAGAUCUCUAGAAUUUAUUCAUCUUGCUUAACUGAAACUUUAUGCCACUUGAUUAGCAACUCCCAUUUUCUCCUCCCUCAGCCGCUGGCAACCACCUUUCCACUCUCUGAUUCUAUGAAUUUGCCUAUUUUACAUACCUCAUGUAGAUAGAAUCAUGUAGUAUUUAUGACUGACUUCUUUCACUUAGCAUAGUGUCCACAAAUUUCAUCCAUGUAGUCACAUAUUGCAGAAUUCACUUUUUUUUAAGGCUGAAUAUUAUUUCGUUGUAUGUCACAUAUUCUUUACCCACUCAUCCAUCCACAGACACUUUGGUUAUUUCUAUAUCUUGGCUAUAGUGAAUAAUGCUGCAGUGAACAUUAGAGUGCUAAUAUCUCUUUGAGAUCCUGAUUUCAAUUCUUUGAGAUAAUUAUUCAUAAAUGUGAUUGGUGGAUUAUAUGGUAGUUCUAUUUGUAAUUUUUUGAGCUAUCUGCAUGUUGUUUUCCAUAGCAGCUGCACCAUUUUGUAUUCCCACCGACAGUGUACAGGUGUUCCAAUUUCUCCACAUUCUUGCCAAUACUUGUCUUUUUUUUUUUCUUUGUUUUUUUAACAGAAAGUCCCCCGGGUCAAAGCACCACAGAGGAAAGGCAGGAAGGGUCCCAGGGUCUUAGGGCUAGGGGAGCAGUGAGGCCCCACAGGACCAGAAAGCCGGGUAGGGCACCUAGUUGGCAGGAGCUGUCAGUCUGUGGAGGAGGGAAAACUUGUGAGAUGUGACCCAGAUUCCACAGUGCGGAAGUGAGGUGCCAGGGACUCCCAAACUUGCCUUGUUUUUUUGAUAAUAGCCAUCCUGACAGAUGUGAGGUAAUAUCUCCUUGUGGUUUUGAUUUGCAUUUCCCUGAUGAUUAGUUGCAUUGAGAACCUUUUGAUAUACAUGUUGACCAUUUCUGUGGCUUCUUUGGAGAAAUGUCUAUUCAAGUCAUUAGCCCAUUUUAAAAUUGGGUUAUUUGCAAAAAGUUCCUUAUAUAAUCUGGAAAUUGCACCCUGUAUCAGAUACAUGUUUUGCAGAUGUUCUCUCUUCAUUCUUUAGGUUGCCUUUUCACUCUUGAUUGUUUCCUUUGCUGUGCAGAGACUUUUUAGUUUGAUAUAGUCCCACAUCCAUUUUUGCCUUUAUUGCCUGUGCUCUGGUAGCAUACUCAUGAAUUCAUUUCCCCUGAGACCAAUGUCACAAAGGUGUCUCCCUAUGCUUUCUUCUAGGUUUUAAGUCUUAAUCCAUUUUGAGUUGAUUUUUGUGUAUGGUGUGAGACAAGUGUCCAGUUUCAUUCUUUUGCAUGUGGACAUCGAGUUUUCCCAGCACCAUUAUGUGUUCUUGGUACCCUUGUUGAUCAGUUAACAGUAUAUACAUGGAUUUAUUUCUAGGCUCUCUAUUCUGUCCUCUUGGUCUAUAUGUCUGUCUUUGUGCCAGUACUGUACUGUUUUAAUUACUGUAGCUUUGUGAUGUAUUUUGAAAUAAGGAAGUGUGAUGCCUACAGCUUUGUUCUUCUUUUUCAAGAUGGAUUUGGCUAUUCAGGGUCUCAUUUAAUCUUCACAACAAUUCUUUGAGUUAAGUACUUUUGUCCCCACUCUGUAAACGAGGAAAAGUAAUUUGCCUAAUACCAGAUAGCAAUUAAGGGCUAGAGCUGGGAAUACACAUCCUCGCUGUCUCCAAAGCCAGUGUCCUCUACCACUGCGUUCCACACCUCAGCAAAUGGAGAGUCAUGAAUUCAGUAGGAAACUGUGAAUUAGGACACAUAUGUAAAAUUAGUUUCAGCUCUCGAACAUCUUCAAAUAAAGAAGUGGUUAUAAAGAGCGAUCAGCAGAAUAAUCGAGAUACAAAGCCAAUGCAGAAUUUCACAAUACCAGUCACACAGGCUCUCAACUACAGUCUGAGCAGACAAAGACAUUUAGAAAAAGAACCUUGGAAUGCAUUCAGUUAUUAUAACCCGGUUAAUAUCUCCAUGGAUGGAAUUCCCUGCAUUCUCUUCUGGGCGAAAAGAAUAACAAUUAAAUUUAAGAAUCAGACCUGGCUGGACCUUACAGAAGAAGCUUUUGGCCAGAAGGCAACAGUGGAUGCUGGCAAUUCAAAUUGCAGUGAAGAAAGUGCCAUGUUGUCUCUCAAGUUUGGUGAUGCUGGAAAUCCCAAAGGUCUUGAUAUAAGAUUCACCCUUACCAAUUACAUCCAGAGCUGGUUUAGUUUGCACCGAGUUGAGAUUAUUUUCAAUAAUUCAGUUCAAGCAUCUUUUAAUGCAACUGGCAUAUAUGCUCCGUCAAGUUACUCCUACCACUGCCAGCGUGUCAGCAGCCUGCAGCAGUACGAUGCCCUUUUGUUGCCCAGUGACACCAAUGAUAUGUCAAGCCUGUGGGAGGUCACUUUUGUUGAUUUCCAGAUCCAAGGCUUUACCAUCAAGGGGGAACAAUUUGCCAGGCCUCGAGACUGUGCCUCUUCUUUCUCGCCAGCCAUUCUGAUUGGCCUGGCAAUGUCUCUGAUCCUGCUGCUGGUGUUGGCGUACGCCCUGCACAUGCUUAUCUACCUGCGGUAUCUGGACCGGCACUACGAUUUCUUCGCCUCUCCGGCCCACUUCCCCCAGAUGAAAGCUCGAGAUGCAGCAGAAGAGAAGGAGCUGCUCAGGAGCCAGGGAGCCGAAUGCUAUGAACUGAGAAGCCAACAGAUAUGCAAGAUUUAUGUUUAACAGCACAGGUCCCUCUCCCACACGAAGUCCACAAUAGACUCUGAAAGCAGCUGUUUUUGUUCUUUGCUGUUUGACUUGCAAUAUAAGGUUUUCACCAAAAA